AUGGAUUCCAACUUCACAAUCGAAGUAAAUCAUACAGGUUCUUUUGUUCCCAAACCGAUUGUGUAUUUCAAUCCAGUAAAAAUGGUUGUUAGCAAUGUCGAUUUCAGAAGCAUGAGUUUCAUGGAGUUCAUCUCGUAUGUGAAGAACUUGGUCAAUGAUGGAAGAAUCAAUGUGUACUAUUGUCUUCCACAACGUUCACUGAGAGAUGGGUUAAGAGUCUUGGAAGAUGAAAAUGAUUAUGUUCGUUUCCUUGAUGCUGGAUAUGAGAAUGGGGGUAUGAUCAAUUUGUACAUUGAUCACAGUCAGUAUCCAGUUAUGGAGUGGAUUGAAGAAGAGAUAGCUGAAGAUGGAUCGAUAGAUGGUAAUACAGAUGAUGAUGAUGAUGUAGACUCUAAGCUUUCAGAUGAUGAUUUCGUGGAGCAUGAGCCUGAUGAUGAAGUGAUAAGGGUGAGCAUAAUCAAUUGUGCUCCUGCUCUUGGAAAUGUUCGAAUUUGA